AUGCGGGACCAGGAGUCCAGCAGUAAGGUGGAGGAUCUGCUGAGGCAGUCUCAGAUGGAGUUACAGUGGAUUCAGAGACAGUUGGCCAUGAUCGCCGCCAGGAACCUGCACCAUCACCACCUGCAGCUCAAGGGCAAGUCAAAAUAUGAAGUUCUGUCCCAGCAAGCAACAGGACACUCUACAGUUCACAAUGUGAACCGCUUUCGCCUGCUGGAGGAGAGAAACCGCGCUCUGAAGCUUGAAGUGGCCACUCUCCGCCAGGAGAAGCAGCAGUACAGGAAACUGAAAACAAAGCUCCAUGCUGCCCUGCAGGAGAAAAAUCGCCUGAACCUUGAGCUCAUCAACCACCACCUGCAGGCAUCCAAGUAUGACCAGGUGAGAGGUGACUAUGAGCAGCUGAGACAGACCUUUGCUGUAGUGAGCCAGGAGAGAGACGCGGCCCAGCAGCAGAGACAGAGACUUCAAGGCAGAGUUGACGGCCUGGAACAGGUUCUGAAGCUUAUGCAUGAGGCCGUCCAGCUGAAGCAGCAGUUGCAGACAGAGCAUGAGCACGCCUUGGCGGCCCUUCACACCAAGCAGAAGGAGAUCAAUCAACUACAAAAGGCUUGGGUUCAAAUUGACCAAGAGCAUGAGGAAGCAGUGCACCUGUUAGAGGUCAAGGUUCACGACCUGGAGCAGAAAUGCAGGACUCACAGUGAACGCUUCCACCUGCUGUCCAAGGAGCUGCUCAACUUCAGUCUGCAGUCGGAACCUGCUGAUAUCCUGAAAAUUAAUUCCACUCGCACGUCCCAGAUCCCACUUCGACCGGAGAAGAACCUCCCACAACUCAGCGUUGCAUCGGAAACCAAUUUAAAGACACGUGAUGAGAGUGUGGCUAGCACGCCGCUGCUGAUCUCCCACUUCUUGCCGAGCACGAAUCAGACUGGAGACAGAGAACGGCCAGAACCACAGUCUGUCAAACCCAGCACCGUGACGACGGACCACCCCAGCAGCCCUUCACAGCUUACCCCUUCAGAGAUGGAGGAUGAGGCCAGCCCAUCACCCAGGUCCAAACCUCGCUACACAGGCCAGGUCCGCCUUUGCACUGCCCGUUACAGUUACAACCCUUAUGAUGGACCAAAUGAGCAUCCUGAAGCAGAGCUCCCCCUUGUGGCUGGGAAGUAUCUUUACGUGUAUGGCAACAUGGACGACGAUGGCUUUUAUGAAGGGGAGCUCCUCGAUGGCCAAAGAGGACUUGUUCCCUCCAACUUUGUGGAAUUUGUCCAAGACAAGGAAAAACCAGCUAUUCUGGCUGGGGAGGGAGGGGAAGACCUGGGUCCGCUGGACCAUGCACCCCUGGCCUUGACUGCAGGGGAUGGAGGUGCCUCCCAGGACAGCCUCCUGGGCUCGUGUAACGCUUUGGUUCCCUGUAGCAAUGGGACGGGGGGGCCCUUGGACCCCGAGGACCUUGCUGAAGACGUUGUGCCUUACCCCCGGAAGAUCACUUUGAUCAAGCAGCUGGCACGCAGCGUCAUCGUGGCCUGGGAGCCUCCGAUAGUGCCUUUGGGCUGGGGGAACAUCUCUGGCUACAACGUGUUGGUGGACGGGGAGCUCCGGGCGAGUUUGCCGUACAGCGGCCGGACCAAGUGCUUGCUGGAGAAGCUGGACCUGGACGGCUGCGUUCACCGCGUUUGCGUGCAGAGCGUCACCGACCGGGGGCUGUCGGACGAGCUGCGCUGCACCCUGCUGGUGGGGGCCAACGUGGUGGUCGCGCCGUGCGGCCUCCGAGUGGAUGACAUCCAGCGUGACACCGCCGAGCUCUCUUGGCUGCCCAGCAACAGUAACUAUGGUCACACUGUGUUCCUAGACGGGGCAGAGCACGCGGUGAUAAAGCCGGGGAGGUACCGUCUACGCUUCCUCAACCUGAAGCCGCUGACCGUCUAUAAAGUGACGGUGCUGGCACAGCCACACCAGGUUCCCUGGCAGCUGCCGCUGGAGCAGCGGGAGAGGAAAGAAGCCGGAGUGGAGUUCUGCACUCAGGCUGCAGGUCCUACACCAUUUUGCAGAACAGGUCCUCCCCUGCCUCCCCAGGACGUCCAGGUGCUCUGUGGGCAGGCCCCGGGGGUCCUGCAAGUGCACUGGAAGCCCCCCAUCCUGUCUCCCACAGGCACAUCCAAUGGGGCAAAUGUCAUCGGUUAUGCUGUCUGCACGAAAGGGCAGAGGAUAGCGGAGGUCUUGUUCCCAAUGGCAGACUAUGUUACUGUUGAGCUGAACAGGAUUCAAUGCCUGGAGGCCAGGGAGGUGAUCGUGAGGACGCUGUCAGUACAGGGAGAAUCCCAGGACUCCCAAGUCGCCGUCAUUCCAAACAACCUGCUCGUGCCUCUACCUCCGAUUCCCCUGCCGCCGCCGAUGCACCCUCACCCAGGGCCUCCCCCCCACCCCCACGCCCAGCCCCUCCCCCAGCCCCUCCUCCAGUCCCCUCACCUCCCUCAUGCCACGCCCCAGCUCCCCGCCCCGCCGCCCCACGGACAGCCACUUCCGCCCCACCCUCCCCACCCACAAGCCCACCCCAGAAUGCCCCACCCGGGCGGCCCUCCGCAACCCCAGCUGCGGCCCCCACAUCCCCAGCAGCCGCAGCCCUUACACCUUCAGCCGCGCGCACCCCACCAGGGUCCCAGGCCACAGCACCAACUGCCUCUGCUGCCCCACCCCCAACCCCACCCUAUACCUCAGAGACCAGUAAGUGCCAGAGACCUGGAUUCCAAAGAGCACAUGGCCCACCACGGGGGAGCUCUUCCGCCCGGCCAGCCCGGCUGGGACCACACGCGCUCCCCUCCUCAGCCUCCCGUGCCCAUGCAGGGCCACACCCUGGAGGCCCCUCCCUCUGCCAAUCCGCGCUCUCCGUCCCCCCAGAGGAUUCUCCCUCAGCCCCGGGGCACGCUCAUCCCGGACACGGUGGCCAAAGCCAUUGCUCGGGAAGCAGCACAAAGGGUGGCUGCAGAAAGUGGCAAGGGAGACAGGAGACAGGGCAGAUACGGAGAGCAGGGUCAUACAUUUCACCAGCAUCACUCUGACGAGGAAGAGGAGGACGAAGAAGGGCUUGCGCGUGGCCGUCGGAGAGGACCCACAGUGGAUGAGUUCCUCAGAGGCUCCGAGCUGGGGAGGCCGCCUCACUAUAGUCACAAUGAAGAAUAUCACAGCGAGAGCAGCCGGGGCUCUGACCUGUCUGACAUCAUGGAAGAGGAUGAGGAGGAGCUGUACUCUGAGAUGCAGCUGGAAGAGGGACGUCGACGCAACUCGCACAACACACCCAAGACAAACGCCUCGGCCGGAGGCCGUCAUGACCGAGAUACGGGGAGACGGAUUCAUCACGGCGGGCCCCAGCCGCACAGGCGACCUCUAAUGGUCCCAUCUAUCGAGGUAACCUCUGAGAAUAACAGUGAGGGAAACCUCUCCCCCAUCACCGAGGAUGUUUACUAUGGCAGAGUAGCUCGGCACAGGACGUGGUCAUCCCGCAGGCACAUGGGCGGCACCAGGUCACCCCAUGAUGGCUACAGGGAUCGAGAUCGGCGCUCGCCCACGUACUACGACGAGUCGGAGCCCGAGGAGUCCUUCCGGAUCUUUGUGGCCCUUUUCGACUACGACCCUCUGUCCAUGUCCCCGAACCCAGACGCGGCCGACGAGGAGCUGCCCUUCAAAGAGGGGCAAAUCAUCAGGAUAUAUGGUGACAAAGAUACAGAUGGGUUUUACCGAGGAGAGGUGAGGGGCAGGAUGGGGCUGAUCCCGUGUAACAUGGUGUCAGAGAUACGGGCCGAUGACGAGGAGACGAUGGAUCAGCUCAUCAAGCAGGGCUUCCUCCCCCUCAGCACCCCUGUGGACAGAAUAGGUACCACACAAGCACAUGCAGGCCCACGCACAAAGCAGAACAGAAGAGGUCUACGUCGGGAUCAGGCCUCCAGGAGGAUGGUGGCGUUAUACGACUACGACCCCCGAGAGAGCUCGCCUAAUGUUGACGUUGAGGCGGAGCUGACCUUCUGUGCUGGCGACAUUAUCGCUGUGUUUGGGGAUAUCGAUGAAGAUGGGUUUUAUUAUGGUGAAAUGAAUGGCCACCGCGGUCUGGUUCCCUCAAACUUCCUGGAAGAAGUGCCUGAUGACGUGGAGGUGUAUCUGACCGAUACUCCGUCCCACUACCCCCAGGAAGAGCCUGCCAGCCGGCCCCCCAACAACUCCGCCGCCGCCGCCUCCGCCUCCGUCUCAGAGGGCAAACGGGCCGCCACAGAAACCGCCGACACCGUCACCAAUGACGCCACGCCCGUGCGAGCGCCGUCCCCCAUCGUCCGCCCCCUCCUCCCCGGCACCAUGAGACCCCUGAGCCCGACGAGGGGCCCCCACCUCCCGCUGGACCCCCAGGACCCGCAAGAUCUGGCAAACAAGAAGAAGAAAGGACUGCUCUCAAAGGGAAAGAAGCUGCUGAAGAGGCUCUCGCCAGUGAAAUGAAACAAAAACAAAAAAAAAAAAGAAGGUGUCCAUGUACAAUAUGUGCACAUGCUGGGCUCUGUAUAUUGCAUCCAUACAAUCAGCUCUGGUCUGCCUCGACGGCGACGAUCGGAGACGAUGUGUGAGCUUUGUCUGCCGGACUGCGCGAGCCUUUCCUCAGUAUAAGAAGUGAUCCAAGUUAUUCAUGUUCAGUGAUGGAAGCAAAUCCAAUUAUGUAUAGUGCAGUGCCAAAAUCAGGUCACCUGCAGACACAAACACAUAUAACUGUGAUGUAUUUUAAAUCAAGGGAUGAUAAAAAAAAAAAAAAAAAAAAGAAAAUAUAACUAGGAUUUUCAUGACAUGUAUUUUUUUUUUCCUUUUUGUUCCCCUUUUUAGGCAAAAGAAACUUUACAUUUGUUUAAAAGCAGGGUAGCUGUGAGAAAACAGCAUCUGGUUACUUGAAAGUAUCCACUAGGUUUUUCUCGACAGGAGAAAAACAGAAGACGUUGGUGAGUAUUUGGUGUCGUAACAAAGGCGACGGGCACCAAACCGCUGUGAGAAGAUCUGGAGAAGACUACACUGUUAUUGAGGCAUUCUGUGAAGCAAUGCUGGCUGCUAACACAAGUUCUUUAUUCUGUGCAAUAUCAUCGAGAGGAGGCGGGGGUAGCAUCGUUUUGGAAAGGAGAGAGACAUUCCCACUUUGUACCUGUGAUUCAGGAAGUCUGUGUCACGAGAGGAUAUUAAAGGAAAGAAUCCUCCUGGCUACAGGGCAUUAGCAUCAGACACAAGGGCUGAGCUCGGCAGUCUCAGUGGCCUUUACCAAACCGAUACGAGCGUGACAUUCCUGGCUCCAUUACAAAGGGUGACUUCCUCCAGAUCCGGUUAAUUUUUCUUUUUGAUUUGCUUCAUGAUGGGUUGCUUGCGGUUUUGUCCUUUUCUGAGAUUCAGACGCAAACAGCAGCAAUGUUCGUAGUGUGUCAUCAUCAAACUGUCAUGAAACGCCUAGUUCGGUACUAAAUUCUGUGUCCCUAUUGCACAAGGUGGGUGUUCUUGUCUGACGACUGGUAGAAGACAUUUUUGUGUGCCUGUGUGUGUAUGUUCGGCAGUGUGUGACGCUUUCAUGUUUUACAGACUCCAUAUUUCUAGUUUUUUAUUUAAUAUCAAUUUU